CCGCUGGAGAUGGUGGAGGUUUGGAAAUUCCGCACCCGUACACAGAAGGAAGGAGAGUCUGUUAAGGAAUUUGUUACGGAGCUGCAGCGCAACGCAAAAUUUUGCAAGUUCGAUGACUACCUGUCGAAGGAGCUACGAAACCAGUUGGUCUUCGGCUUACGGUCGAAACGGAUUCGAUCACGACUUAUCGAGGAGAAGCACCUUACAUUUGAGAAAGCUUUGGAGAUCUCCCUAUCGAUGGAGGCGUCAGGAGAGGGUGCAGAGAUUUUCGAGAAGCGACUACAGGAAGUUAACUACACGGAUAAUCGAUCAUCGCAGGAUUUUUUGAUGUUGCGAGGAUUUCACGAUCAAAAAUACGAGCGAAAAAAAACGUUUGAAAGCAGAAUCCUGUGUAAUUCAUUGCAAUCAAAUUGAUCGCACACUCUCAG